AUGAUCAUCAUCCAGGAAACAAGUCCGAGGUCGAAUCGGAGAAUUAUCCGCAAGACUAUCUAUAUCACAACUAUACAUACUGUUACAAUUCCCAAAACUCAUCUUUCAGUUUCCUCUACCAAUACGUACAUCAUAUCUUCAACAUAUAACACCACCCCAACUAAUUCCACCAUGACCAAGCCAAUAAUCCUCCACCUCGGCGACCCCAUCGCCUACAACCACGACCUCUACAACGGGCCCCUCUCCACCCGCUUCACCAUCAUCCGGGACACCUCCCCGACGCGAGAAGCUUUUAUCGAGGCUUUGAAGUCUGACAAAUACGGCCCCAUCACCGCCCUCCUCCGCCCGCACUUCUCCUCCGGCAAAACCAUGUCCCCCUGGGACACCGAACUAAUCUCUCUCCUCCCACCGAGCGUAAAGAUCUUCGCCUCCGCCGGAGCAGGCUACAACGACAUUCACAUCCCAUCGCUCACGGCGCGCGGAAUAUACUACACGAACGGGGCGGGCGCGUCCGACGAAGCCGUCGCCGACACAACACUAUACAUGAUCCUGAGCGUAUUCCGGAACUUUACUGCGUCGCAGAUUGCCGCGAGGUCCGGGGAUGAAGAGAAGUUCAUGGAGUGUCAUAAGAACUUGGCGGAUUGUGUGUCGGUGCAUUGUCCGUUGAAUGAGGAGACGAGGGGGUUGAUUGAUGGGGAGAAGAUUGGGUGGAUGAAGCAUGGGGUGAGGAUUGUUAAUGUGGCGAGGGGGGGUGUGGUGGUUGAGGAGGAUUUGGUGGAGGCGUUGAGGUCUGGGAAGGUGGCUGCUGCGGCGUUGGAUGUUCAUGAGUUUGAGCCCGUUGUUGAUGCUAGGUUGAGGAGCAUGGAGAAUGUUACUCUUACGACGCAUGUUGGGGGCGGGGCGGUGGAGACUAGGAUUGGGUUUGAGAGGUUGGCCAUGGAGAAUAUUUUGAAGGUGACUGGGGAUGAUGGGGAGGUCGUAGGGGAGCCGCUUACGGCUGUUAAUGGGAGGGAGGUUAAGGAGGUGUGGGAGAGGAUGGGAAGGGAGUAG